AUGGCCGACACCGAUGCUCAGCAAUGGAACGGCGACGCCGCCCGCGACGCCGCUCGUGAGACCGACAACGCCCAGUGGAAUGGCGGCCGAAGCCCCUCGCCUAGGGGCGCUGCGACCCCUCCUCGCCGCGAGCGCGAGCGAUCUCGCUCUCCCAUGCGCACCGGCGAGGAUGACCGUGGACGUGCUGAUCGCCGCGACGGUGGUGACAACAACCCCGGUAACAACCUUCACGUCUCUGGUCUGAGCAACCGCGCCACUGACCGAGACCUUGAGGAAGCUUUCGGCAAAUAUGGAGCAAUUCAGAAAGCCCAAGUCAUGUACGACCCUCACAGCCGCGAGCCAAGAGGCUUUGCGUUCGUCACCUACGAAAAGGCCGAGGACGCCGAGGCGGCCAUCACUGCGAUGCACGGCACCGAGUUCCUCGGCCGCAAGCUUACCGUCGAAAAAGCCCGUCGUGGACGAGCGCGCACUCCCACCCCUGGUCGCUACUACGGACCUCCCAAGGCGGGACGUGAGGGCGGUCCUCCUGGUGGUGGCUACGGCGGUGGUCGUGGAGGCUACGGUCGUGGUCCCCCUCGCGGCGGCUAUGGCGACGACCGCUACGGCGGCCCUCCUCCUCGCGGCGGUGGCUACCCACCCGCUUACCCUCCCCGAGACCCGUACGACCGCUACGGCCCUCCUCCCGGUGGCCGCCCUUUCUCGCCUCCACCCAUGCGCGGUGAUCCCUACGACCGCUACGGUCGAGGCCCGCCCGCUAUGCGCGACUACCCGCCUCGCGACCGCGACUACCUGCCUCCCCCUCCCCGCGGCGGCCCUGGAAUGGACUACCCUCCUCGUGGCGACUUCCCCCCACGCGGCCCUCCUGGCGACUACCCCCCACCCCGCGGGUACCGUGAUAUGUCUCCGCCUGGCGGGCGCGGUGGUAGGUACGACGACCUGCCCCCUCCCCCGCCGCGCGCCGGUGGUCCCAGGUACGACGGCCCUCCCCGUCCCAGGUACGAUGACGCCGGCCCGCCUCCGCGUCGCUACUGA